GAAAAUUUGUUGCUAAAUAAUAAUUUUACUAAGAAAUGGAAGCAAAAGAAGAGAGAAAAUCUAUAGCUAGGUCAAUCAGCAAGUUGGAUGAAGAGAUCACAAACAAGAUAGCAGCAGGGGAGGUAGUCGUCCGCCCUUCUGCUGCCCUCAAAGAGCUCUUAGAGAACUCCAUUGAUGCCGGUAGCAAGAAUAUUAACAUAUCAUGCAGAGAAGGCGGGCUUCAGACUCUUCAGAUUCAGGACGAUGGGCAUGGAAUCAAGGUUGAGGACUUCCCCAUCCUUUGUGAGAGAUUUACUACCAGCAAAAUAGAGAAAUACCAAGACCUAGCGAAGGUAGCUAGCUUUGGAUUCAGAGGAGAAGCUCUAGCAAGUAUCAGUCUCGAAGGAAAAUUAGAAAUUACAUCAAGAACUGCUGAUCAAGAGGUCGCAUACAAGGGUUACUUUGAAAAUUGUAGGCUGGUUGGUAAAAAUGGAGCUCCUGACGAAAGCCCCAUUGCUUGUGCAGGCAACUUCGGCACUCAAAUUAAAGCAAAUGACCUUUUCUACAAUAAUAAGCAGAGGAAGUUGAGCUUCAAAAAGAAGGAAGAAUUUAUGAGAAUUGUCAAUGUAGUUAUGAACUACUCUUUACAUUACUGAAUGAUAAACUUCACAUGAAAAGCCUUAGAGUCAAACAACACACCCGUGAGUACAGUCAACAUCAAUAGAGAAGGAAAAACCAAGAAUGAUGUCAGAAAAAUCCUCAUCCAAAGACUCUUUGGAGGAAUCAAGCAGAGUGAUCUCUUUGAUAUUACCGAAGAAUUUUCCUUUUCUGAUUUGAAAGUUGAAAUUGUCUGUAGUAAGGCAAAUGCAAAGAACUCUAUCAAAAAGAACACCCUCGUGCUGUUCAUCAAUAAUCGAUUAGUUAAAUGUGAGAGGGUAAAGAAGGGCAUUGAUACGGCCUACCAUGCAUAUUUGCCACAAGGUCAUCAUUACUUUGUGUACUUGAGCUUAGAGAUGAACCCUCGAGAUCUUGAUGUUAAUGUGCACCCUACUAAGAAGGAAGUCGGAUUUGAAAACCAAGAUGAAAUUUCAGACGCAAUUGCUGAGUUAUUAGAAAAACAUCUCUCUCAGCAAAAUGAGAGCAUCAAUUUUGGAGAUCCUGAUAAAGGCAAGAAAAUGAAAACUCCUACUGCAGAUAAGCUCAUGCCAAAACCUAAGUCCAAAAAGAAGUCUCCUCCCAAAGAGGACCCGGAGGAGGAUGCAAAAUUCACUCAGGAGGAGGAUGACCGAGACCUUGAUCACGAAGAAAUAGUUGAGCUCACCCCAACUGUUGACAAGACAAAGAAAAAGGAACAGAGGAAGACGAUCAGAAUUGAUCACAGGGAUACUACUCUUGACCACUUCAUCAUGCAUGGGAAGUUAGACUCUGACAUUCAUAAGGUAGAAGCAUGUGGAAAGGAAUAUGACAGAGGCACUAGCUCCCAACAAGAUGAGCUUAUUGACACUCCAAAUAAUGUCAUGAAUCUCAACACCGUUGUGUCCUGAAAUCUCCUGUCUGUCAGAAAGCUGAUUUAUGAGUUUGAGCAAGAUGUUGAUGAAGAUUAUGCCAAGAUGUUUAAGACACAUUCCUACGUAGGGAUGAUCAAUUACGACCAAGUCUUGUUCCAGUAUGAUACCAUUCUCCUUCUAGCUAAUUUCAGGCCUCUUAUGAAGGAAUAUGUCUAUCAACAAGCUCUGUACAAUUUUCAGAAUUUGGGAAAGUUUAACUUCACUGAGCCUCUUUGCUUAAAAGAGCUCCUCAUGGCUGGACUGGAGUUCCCAGGAAUAAAUUACUGAGAAACAGAACACAUGGAUAAGGAAGAGUUGGCUGAGAGAUACCUCAAGAAAUACAACACUCCAAUGAUUGGUGACGGGAGAUCAGAUUCCGGAGUACCGAUGCUAAAAGAUAUGCUCGAAGAGUACUUUAGUAUAGUGAUAAAGGAUAAUAAGUUGUGAUCUCUCCCAAAGAUAGUCAGAGAGAUACCUCCAUACAUUGAUUACCUCCCUGUGCUUAUGAUUAAACUUAUAGCAACUAUUGAUUACAAUGAAGAAAUAAAGUGCUUUAAGAAAAUCUGAGAACUUCUUGGAGAUUAUUACUCAAGGUUCAUCUACUAUCAUGCUCUUAACACCGACCAAGCAGAAGAAGACCCUGAAAAAAUUUCAAGUGUAGAAUUCAUUAUCAGAAACAUCCUUCUUCCACGACUAAAAAAGUCCCUAAAGGUCAGGUCAAAGUUCGGCUCCGAAGGAGACGAAACUUUCACCACCCUGACCUGUCUAGAGAACCUUUACCAAGUCUUUGAAAGAUGUGAGUAA